UUAAGUUCUGCAACUCUGAAAAAAUUCACAACCUCCAGAAUUUAAAAGGUCAACAUCAAAGUACAACACACAACCGAAAGAAAGGUCUUGCCAUUGGAUUGCGAAGAACUGGUGUGGUGUGAAAAGUCAUGGCUGGCCGACUGUCGAUGCCUGAGGAGGACCUCUGCUGCCCAAUUUGCUAUGAAAUAUUUAUGGAUCCCGUGGUACUCAGAUGCAGUCAUAGUUUCUGUGCCCAAUGCCUGCAGCAACACUGGGCUCAGCGGGGCCGGAAUAGGGACUGUCCCGUCUGUAGGAGCAUAUCCGUGGACGAGCCGGUGUCCAACCUCACGCUGAAAAACCUGUGCGACGCCUUUAUCAUAAACAUUAGACAGUCCGAAGAAUGUUUAUCAGAUGAGCUCUGUGCCUUACAUGGGGAAAAACUGAAGGUCUUUUGCUUAGUAGACCGCCAGCCAAUCUGCGUGGUUUGUCAGUCGUCCCGCAGACACAAAGGGCACGACUGCUGCCCUGUGGCGGAGGCUAUAACUGAAGUAAAGGAUCAGCUGGCAGCAGCUCUGACCACGCUUCAGUUGAAGAUCUACGACUGUGACCAGUUGAAGCUCGCGUAUGAGAAUACAGCAACACAUAUCAUGACUCAGGUGCAACACACAGAACGUCUCAUCCGGGAGGAGUUUGAAAAGCUACAUGCUUUUCUCCGACACGAAGAAGACGCCAGGCUCAAACGUCUGAGAGAGGAGGGGGAGAAGAAGAGUGUAAAGGUGAAAGAGAAUAUGAAGGAUUUGGAACAAAAUGUAGCAGACUUGACAGACACCAUCAAAGCCAUAAGAACCACCUUAGACCUGGAAGACAUUUCUCUCCUCCGUAAAAGUAAGGAAGCUCUGCAGAGGGCUCAAAUCAGAACACAGGAGCAAGAGAAAAGCUCUGGGAACCUGGUUGAUGUGGCAUCUCAUCUGGGAUCUCUCAGUUACCAAGUAUGGGAGAAGAUGAAGAAUGUAGUUCAUUACACCCCUGUGACGCUGGAUCCAAACACGGCCUACCCAUGGCUUGUGGUCUCAGAUGACCUCACCAGCAUUCAGGACAGUGAUGAGAAGCAAUGUCUCCCUGACAACCCAGAAAGAUUUGACCGAGACAACGCGGUGUUGGGCUCUCAGAGUUUCAGCAGUGGGAGACACUGCUGGGAUGUGGAAGUUGGAGACAACACAGCCUGGGUUCUGGGAGUAGCUCAAAAGUCUGUCCAAAGGAAAGAAAAAGUCAGUUCAGUGUUGAAGAAUGGCUUCCUGUGCAUAUACUUCUACCAUAACAUGUAUUUUGCAGGAACAUCUCCCCUGACUCGCCUUGCCCUAAAACAGAAGCCCAAACGGGUACGUGUGAAACUGGAGUUUGACAGACGCAAGCUGACCUUCUUAGAUGUUGACACCAACACCCAAAUCUACACUUUCAAACAUUCAUUCACAGAGGAGGUCUUUCCUUACUUCUGGUUGGGCAGUAAAGAGUGUCCUUUGAAGAUUCAGCCACUAGAGGUCGCUGUUACAGCUGAGUCCUGCACAUGAUCUCUGCUACUGCCCGUGUAUACCUCUUUAGGGCUUAUCUGAAGUUUAUUUGUUUUAGGCACAUCUGCGCAACCUGGUCUGUGUACUGUCAGUUAAUAUUCCCUUAUUAGCUGCAUGCCGCAAUAAUAAAUGCGCAUUUAUGUA